CCGACCAAUCUGCGGAGGCGGGGGGCGCACGUCCGGGUUCUCAUUGGCCGGCGGGAAAGCGGCCCCGCCCCCGACGGCGCGUUACGCAGCGCGGCCGUUGGCGGCGGCCCGUCGGCGGCGGAGUGACGCGCCUGGGGAGCGCGAGGCGCCGGGCGAGCCCGGGUGUGCGGCUGCGGCAUGUCGGAGGGCGAGUCCAAGCAGGUGCCGAGCGGCAGCUCCGACUCAAAGCCGGAGCCCGCGUCGUCCGGCCCGGGAAUGACCUCGGUGUCUGCGCCGGUGGCUUCCGCGGCGCCCCCGGAGGAGGAGGAGGAGGAGGAAAGCGAGGACGAGUCCGAGAUCCUCGAGGAGUCCCCGUGCGGCCGCUGGCAGAAGCGGCGCGAGGAGGUGAAUCAACGCAAUGUCCCGGGGAUUGAUAGUGCCUACCUGGCCAUGGAUACAGAGGAAGGUGUGGAAGUGGUUUGGAAUGAAGUUCAGUUUUCUGAACGGAAGAACUUUAAGCUUCAGGAGGAGAAAGUUAAAGCAGUGUUUGACAUUAUUCAACUGGAACAUCUGAACAUUGUAAAGUUUCACAAAUACUGGGCUGAUGUGAAGGAGAAUAAGGCCAGGGUGAUCUUCAUCACUGAAUAUAUGUCCUCAGGGAGCUUGAAACAGUUCCUGAAGAAGACAAAGAAAAACCACAAAACUAUGAAUGAAAAGGCCUGGAAGCGAUGGUGUACCCAGAUCCUCUCUGCUCUCAGCUACCUCCACUCCUGUGAUCCUCCAAUCAUCCAUGGCAAUCUGACCUGCGAUACCAUCUUUAUUCAGCACAACGGAUUGAUCAAAAUUGGGUCAGUGGCACCAGACACAAUUAAGAACCAUGUGAAGACAUGUCGGGAGGAGCAGAAGAACCUGCACUUCUUUGCCCCAGAAUAUGGAGAAGUUGCCAAUGUUACCACUGCUGUGGACAUUUAUUUUGGGAUGUGUGCCCUGGAGAUGGCAGUACUGGAAAUACAGGGUAAUGGAGAGUCAUCGUAUGUGCCCCAGGAGGCCAUUAACAGUGCCAUCCAGCUGCUGGAGGACCCCUUGCAGAGGGAGUUCAUUCAGAAGUGUCUAGAACAGGACCCUAGCAAGCGUCCUACUGCCCGGGAGCUCCUUUUUCAUCAGGCAUUGUUUGAGGUGCCAUCACUAAAGCUACUAGCUGCUCACUGUAUCGUUGGGCAUCAGCAUAUGAUUCCUGAAAACGCUUUAGAAGAAAUGACCAAAAACCUUGACAUGAGUGCAGUGUUGGCAGAGAUUAAUCAUGCAGAUAGGGAAGGAGUCAAGAUGAUCUUUUCACAAUCGCCAGCGUUGGAGCUGGACAAAUUCCUGGAGGAUGUAAGGAAUGGUAUCUACCCACUUACAGCUUUUGGGAUGCCACGACCCCAGCAGCCCCAGCGUGGUGUGAAGUCUCCCAUUGCUCCACCAUCAGUGAAAACCCCAACUCCAGAGCCAGCUGAGGUAGAAACCCGCAAGGUGGUGCUGAUGCAGUGCAACAUUGAGUCAGUAGAGGAGGGAGUGAAACACCAUUUAACACUGCUGCUGAAACUGGAAGACAAGUUGAAUCGACACUUGAGCUGUGACCUGCAGCCCAAUGACAAUAUCCAGGAACUGGCAGCUGAACUGGUCCAGCUUGGAUUCAUCAGUGAGGCUGACCAGAGCAGACUUACCUGUUUACUUGAAGAGGCAUUUAGCAAGUUCUACUACACCCGGAAUGGAGCCCUGACGGCAGUGACUGUGUCAUCUUAGCACCCCUUGACUCCCAGGCGGCCAGAGUGGCUUUGUUGCCUGUGACCGACCCCUUCUGUGUCUGUCCAUCACCAUAGGGCAUCAGCAAGACCCCAGCUGCAGUGCUUGGAAGCUCGUCCUGCAUGUGCCGUGGCUGGGCCCAGUGACAAUCCUCCCUGCCCGCCUAUUAAAGGGGACUAUGUGCAUCAGUAUUAUUUCCAGCCCUGAUUUUGUUGGGAUUUUGCCAGGUGGUGCCGGGGAGCCGGGUCCUGGCUUGGGGUGUUCUAUAGCCCCGUUCAUGUGCAUGGAGUUUGUUCUGUUUGAAUUGUACAAAGUGUCUUUUGCACAGCACAGAAACGGUUUUUUUCUUCUUUCUUUCUUUCUUUUUUUUUUUUUUAAUUUAAAGGUAAGCAGGGGGAGCCCUUAAGUCCUGCUCCCACUUUGUACCCCUCUGCAACUGCCUCUGGCAACAGUCACUACCCUCCUUCCUGCGCAGAGGGAGCCAGGGGUGGCCAGGUUCCCAUAGCACCAGCCUGGCGCUUUGCCUGCCUCUUCUGCUCCCCUUUGGCUGCACUUUGUUUACUUGUUUUGCACAGCCUCUGUCCUGCACUUCAGCGUGCACUGUCGGUGCAAGGCUGUGGUGUAUGCUGACCUGGGCUGUGUCCCCUGCAGCAGCAUCCUGGAGCCUAGCUUGGCCCUACCUGCCCUGCUCUAUGCUGCCACGGGUCCUGUGUGCGCUCGGGACCUCCGCAGGCAGCCUGGAGCCCAGUGGUGCUGGCAUGGGGGCUGCUGGGGCAGCUAUUCUGCCUAGGCUCCCAUGGGGUCCCCCUCCUGUCUCGGGGUGCUUGAAGGACCCGUAGUCCCACAUGCCUCUCCAGGGCUGGGCGCAGCGCUGCCCCCGCAUCUCAUUUCUAUCAUUUCCUAUUUUUAAAUAAACUGUUUUGUAAAUA